AUGGGUGAGACCUGUAUCGCUGAGGAAGCUUGCCGGCACAUGGGAACUAAAGAAGAAUUUGUUAAAGUCAGAAAGAAGGACCUGGAACGGCUGACAACUGAAGUGAUGCAAAUACGGGACUUCUUACCCAGAAUACUUAAUGGGGAGGUACUGGAAAGCUUCCAGAAGUUAAAGAUUGUAGAGAAAAACCUAGAAAGGAAAGAACAAGAAUUAGAGCAGCUGAGAAUGGAUUGUGAACACUUUAAAGCCCGCCUGGAGACUGUGCAAGCAGAUAGCAUGAAGGAGAAAAAGGAGAAACUGGCUCUUCGACAACAGCUGAACGAGGCAAAGCAGCAACUGCUGCAGCAGGCUGAGUACUGCACGGAAAUGGGGGCAGCAGCGUGCACCCUCCUGUGGGGUGUCUCUAGCAGUGAAGAGGUCGUCAAAGCCAUACUGGGAGGAGAUAAAGCCCUGAAGUUUUUCAACAUCACCGGUCAGACAAUGGAGAGUUUUGUGAAGUCCCUCGAUGGCGAUGUCAAGGAGCUUGAUUCCAAUGAGAACCAGUUUGUUUUUGCUUUGGCUGGGAUUGUAACAAAUGUAGCUGCUAUAGCCUGUGGCCGUGAAUUCUUGGUGAACUCAAGCCGGGUGCUGUUGGAUACAAUACUGCAGCUUCUGGGGGAUUUGAAGCCAGGACAGUGUACCAGACUCAAAGUGCUAAUGCUGAUGUCAUUGUACAAUGUGAGCAUCAAUUUGAAAGGCUUAAAGUACAUCAGUGAGAGUCCAGGAUUCAUCCCUUUGCUGUGGUGGCUUCUUAGUGAUCCAGAUGCUGAAGUAUGCCUUCAUGUGUUGCGUCUGGUCCAGUCUGUGGUUCUGGAACCAGAAGUCUUGUCCAAAUCAGCCUCUGAGUUCCGGAGUUCCCUGCCUCUGCAGCGCAUCCUGGCAAUGUCAAAGAGCCGCAACCCCCACCUCCAGAGCGUGGCCCAGGAGCUCCUGGAAGAUCUGCGGGUUCUGGAGCAUGACACAUAG